CUCCUCGGACUCUCCGGACCCCUUCAGCAUGGCGCACGUGGCGCCCGGUUCCCCCUGAGGGAUGGGGGACCCUCGCCGGAGGACCCGGCGGCGCGCCUCCAAGGAGACGGCGCUCCGGCUGCGCGUGCUGCUCCUGGACGACAGCGAGCGCUCCUUCCAGGUGGAGCAAAAGAUGUUGGGAGGCGACUUCUUCAACAAAGUGUGCGGCCAUCUGAAGCUGCUGGAGAAGGAAUACUUCGGGCUGGAGUUCCGGCACCACGGGGGCAACUACGUGUGGUUGGAGCUGCUGAAGCCGCUCGGCAAACAGAUCACAUACACCAGCGAUCUGUUCUUCAGGUUCAUGGUGAAGUUCUUCCCACCCGACCCCGGGCAGCUGAAGAGGAGCCUCACCAGGUAUCUUUUUGCCUUACAGAUAAAGCAGGACUUGUCGAACAGCAGUCUGACCUGCAACGACAACAGCGCCGCCCUGCUGGUCUCUCACAUACUGCAGUCAGAGAUAGGGGACUAUGACGAGGAGCUGGACAGUCACCAUUUAGCGAUGAAGCAGUACGUCCCAAACCAGGAGUACCUCGACCACAAUAUCACCAAGUACCACAGGAAACACAGAGGUGCGUCUCCAGGAGACUCUGACAUCCAGCUGCUGGAGGUGGCCAGGAAGCUGGACAUGUACGCCAUCAGGCCGCACCCCGCUCGCGACGGGGAGGGCAUGAGGAUCAACUUGGCGGUCACACACUCCGGAGUCCUGGUCUUCCAGGGAAACACCAAAAUCAACACCUUCAGCUGGGCGAAGAUCCGCAAGCUGAGCUUCAAGCGCAAGAACUUCCUCAUCAAACUGCACGACAAAGUCGGGCCGUCGGGUAAGGACACUCUGGAGUUGUCCAUGGCCACCAGAGACGUCUGCAAGUCCUUCUGGAAGACGUGUGUGGAGUACCACGCCUUCUUCCGGCUGUCGGAGGAACCCAAGACGACACCUAGAACCCUGCUGUCCUGCAAAGGGUCUAGCUUUAGAUACAGCGGGCGGACGCAGAAGCAGCUGCUGGAGUGUCUGGGAUCAGGGGAGAAGAAGCCUUCGCACUCCGACAGGACGUACGCCCAGUCAGACUUUGACCCCAGACAGUGUCGCUCGUCUCCCGAUCUUCUCACAGACGUCUCCAAACAAUUGUACGAGCACUCCCACCUGUUCACCCGGGCCGGUCGCGCCAUGGCGGUCUGCAGUCGGGACCAGAUGGACCCACAUCGAGGAGGCGUGGACGCCGUCGACAUCAGAGGAGGGGCUAGACGCAGCCAAUCGUCCGUCGAGGUCGCCCAGAGGUCCCGCCCCCCGAGCCAAGUCGCCGCCCUCUCUCUGUCUAUCCACGCAUCGCCACCCUCGCCCAAGACCAGGUCGGCCUCCACGUCUGUGGCGGAGGAGAUGCGGGGGGGGCAGCGCCAAGCCCAGCGGCUCGCCGGCGUCUACGGCAAACGCUCGCGGCGCCGGCCCAACCCGCAGCCGCACCCGGCUCAGCAGCUGGUGCUGCUCUACCCCAACAGCCCCGCCUACCGGUAUCGCCCGAUACUCCCAAGAUUCCCACCGGCCGGUUCCUCGCCUCUCGACCGCUACCCGUACUUGUCGGACUACGUCGCCGUUUCCUCGCUGGAGCGCUUCCCGCAGGAGAGGAGGCGGGACUACGCGGCGGCGGACGGUUCGCCGCGGCCGCCCUUCUACCCGCAGGGCCACGACUCGGCGUCGCUCUCGCCGAUCCGGAGGAACCAGCGGCCGUACGGCUCCGGCGGGCUGGGAUUGGCUCGGAUCUACCAGCCGGGGGGCGCCGGGGCGAGGCCGCCGGGCGCCGGGCGCAUGGAGGCGGGUCAUUACAGCGACGACUCCAACUUCCUGCCCGGGCUGCCGCGCCGCGCGGCGCGCCAACCCGACGUGAAGUUUCACCUCUCGAGGAGCUCUAACCCCGUCUUCAACCCCGCCUCCGAGUUCCGUCCCCUCGGUUACUACCCCCACCUGACCCGGCCCACCAGACCCACCUACCUGCCGCUAAGCUCCUCCCCUCUGCCCGAUCGCCCCGCCUCCCUUUGCACGAUCAGAGGCACCUGGGGGAGCUACAGCGACUCGGACCCGGAGGUCUUCUACCCGUACUACUGCCCCCCGCCCCCGCCGGGCAACGCGGGGCGCGCUCACCCCGGACUCGCCAGGAUGAGGUUCUCCUCCGGGAGCCUCCAACUGGACGAGGAGGAAGAGGAGGAAGAGUAUAGAGCAGCGAAGGAGAAAGCACAAAGAGAAUUUCAGGGGGAAGACGACGAGAAGGGAGGCGGGACGAAAGGUCCGACAAAGAUGACAGAAGUGACUCUGUAGGUAACCACGGAAACGAAAAGGUUCAAGAUGUGAUCACACAACAACAACAAGACUAAAUAGAAAAAGACUACAGAGUAAAUAAAGGUUUGUUGUUUUCAAGAUGUGCUGGCAGAUGAAAUGUGCCGUUUGCCUUGAGUAGCAUCGUUACAGGUAUGAGCUUCACACGAUUAUUAAGAUCUCUAAUAUCUUCUUCAUGUACUUCAUCUCGCUCACCAUCAAAGGUCCACCGCCACCGCCGGGUUCUGACUUCCUGUUUCUACGUCCAGCCGUCAGUUCGUCUGCACGAGGUGGAAAAUAUCAACGUUGUUAAAAUGCAUUUACAACAUCGGCUGUAUGGGACGCAUUAUUUCACAAGCUCCACUACCAUGUUCGUCCUGCAGGGGGAGCAAGUGAGUCAUUAAGAGUCUUUGAAAACGAUGUUUAUAUUUUUAACCUACAUUCACUUUUCUGGCCACAUCUUAAAUUCAGUAAAUCUGGGAUUACAACUUAGGUUGGAGGUGCAUUUAUAAAAGAUAAAGAAUUGAGGGAAGAUAUUGAAUUAUUUAAGAGUGAAAAUUAGUUUGACAAGGUAAAAAAGAUAAAGGUAAAUUGAGGCAACAAAGAACAUUUUUAAGGUUAAUAUUUGGUCGGACGAGGCAAUAAAGUGCAUUUUAAGACCUUAAUGUGUAGUCCUGUCGGUGUGAUGCAGACGUAGGUCUUUGGUAUGCGUUUGUUAUUUUAUAUGAAUGUUCCUGUGAAUUCUGUAAGAAAAUGUGAAUUUAUUUCGGGGUUUAAAGCACCAAUAAAUGAUGAAACAAG